CAAAGACAGUGGCUACAAAGUCUCAACGGGGUGUGGAGACUGCCCCAACGGGCUGAUGGUAGCUUGGUAAAUAGUGGAUUUUUUCUACUUUCUUCGCAUCUUAGGCUCCAGCUAAACAGCAUUUAAUUUACUCCGCACAGAGUAUAAAGAGAGAAGAAAGAAGCCUUGAUCAGCAGAAAUUGUAAUAAUUGAUCAUUUAUUGCUACAGGCAAGGCAACAAAAAAAAAAUUUCCACACGCAUCAACAUCACCAAUUCAACCUUUAGGCCGACAGAGAAAAAAACAGUGCCCCGCGAUAGGUCUCCCACAACACACAAUGCCACAAAAAUCAGCCCCAUUCCCGGGCUUCACCCCGUUAUCAGACCGAAUAUAUCUCCGCAAUGGCAACGACACUAGCAAACCCGCACCCCCCGACCACCCUACAACAAUCAUCAUCUUCGGCUGGGGCGACGGCAUGCCAAAACACGUCUCCAAAUAUGCGGACGGCUUCCACAGCCUCUACCCCUUCAGUCGCAUCCUAGUCGCCAUUUCCAAGACCCUCCAAGCCUCCAGCCAACCCCUAUAUGAGCGCAUCCAAGCCAUGAUGCCCAUAAUCGAUACCGUCUUCCCCACGCCAACAGGCGACGGCGGUGACGGCGCAGAAGAGCGCGUCUUGCUCCACGCCAUGUCCAACACUGGCGGUAUCUUCGUCGCAGCAGCGAUGGUGGCGUAUCAAGAGCGGCACGGCAAAGAUAAGCAAAUGCCACAUGAACUGCUCGUUUGUGACUCCACGCCUGGUGGCCUUGUUUUCUCCGCUCAGGUGGGCCGGUGGUCGCACGCGAUGGCGGUGGGAACGGCGAAAUCGUUUCCGUGGCCGUUUAUCGUUACGCAGGCAUUGUGGUGGGUGUUUUUGUGGGGGACCUAUCUUUUGGAGAGGCUACGUGGCGCAGAGCCCUCGGGGGUCUGGGCAAACCGAGUGAUGAAUGAGGCUGAUGUGACGAGCCGGAAGACUAGUAGGCUGUAUUUGUACUCGAAGGAGGAUGAGAUUAUUUGGUACGAAGACCUUGAGGAGAAUGUUGCGGGGGUGAAGACGCUUGGUUAUCGGGCUGUUGAUACGGAGUUGUUUGAGGGCUCGCCGCAUGUUGGACAUAUGCGCAUGCACUUCAAGCAGUAUUGGAAUAGAAUUUCCGAUUGUUGGAAGGCCGCACUAGCUAUGAAUCGAGGGUAGGGGCUUGUGUGAAAACAAACAAGCUGCAUCAGCCUUACUGAUAGAAAUGGGAAUUUACAUGGCUUCAGACGGACUGAUCGCUUGAUGAGAAGAACGAGUCGACGCGCAACACUAUCCCUGGGCAUGCUUUGAAAUCCUUCUACUGGCCCUCCAUCUGUUCGCCAUGUUUGUGGCUACUGGUGACAUGAUCCUGUCUAUUUGAAUUCCCUAGUCCACUUGUUACUCUAAACCUUAGAUCCUCGUCAUAUAAUCGACCUUACUGCCAGUCACCGAAUAGAAGUAACGGA